AUGUUUUGUGUAGUGAGGAUGCAGAAUGAUAAUGAUGUGGUGAAGGAAGAUAAUGUUGAAGAAUGGGGGAACUGUUCAUCAGCUGAAAAUGUUCCAUCUUUUCAACAAGAUGAUGAACAAGCUGCUUCUAAAGUUCCUUAUGUUGCUGAUAAGGAACCACUCUCUAGUUUGUCCCUCGAGCAACUAGAUGACAUUCUCCAAGGAAGUGAGGAGUCUAUAAGCUACGAAGAGCUGGUUAAUAGAAGUAGAGAUCAGUCUGUCUCUGGCUACAUUGUAAUGUUCUUCAGGUUUGUCACUGCUGGUGAAAUACGAACUCGUGCUGAGUUUUUCGACCCCUUUAUAACAGGAUUAUCCAACACAACAGUGGAUCAGUUCUGCAAGUCAUCGGUUGAACCGAUGGGAGAAGAGAGUGACCAUAUCCACAUAACGGCUUUGUCAGACGCGCUUGGUGUUGCAGUCAGGGUUGUGUAUCUUGACCGUAGCUCAUGUGAUAGUGGAGGUGUCACUGUGAACCAUCAUGACUUUGUUCCUGUGGGCACCAAUGAGAAAGAAGAAGCUUGUGCUCCUUUUAUAACCUUGCUGUAUCGUCCAGGCCAUUACGAUAUCCUCUACCCCAAGCCGUCUUGUAAGGUAUUGGACAACGUGGAGAAAUGA